AUGACCCUAGACUCCGCGUCCCCCACCCCAUCCUCUACGACGCUCAAAGCGGCCUCCCGGGCGUCGUCAAAGGCGUCUGCGACCCCGCCGCCACAGGCCCAGCCGAAGAAGGGCAAGAAGGCGACGCCCAAUCCGCCGCAGUUCAUUGGACACUUGCCCGUCGCGCGCGAGGAUGCGUUGCGCACGUUUAGGCAGAUACCUGAGAACUGGUACCAGUACGCGAAACUAGGCAAGAGCAGGGAGGCGAUGGAAGGCUCGACGUGCGACUGUGAAUACGAGGAAGGUGAGCAUGCGGCGCUGGGUCGUAGCGACAACCUCGACCAUGCCUGCGGCCCACGCUCCAACUGCAUUAACAGGCUCACGCAGGUCGAGUGCUUGGAGGAGGAAUGCCACUGCAGACAGUUCUGCCAGAACCAACGCUUCCAGCGUAAGGAGUAUGCGCCCAUCGAGAUCGUGAAGACGGAAAAGAAGGGCUUUGGGCUGCGUGCGGAGCAGGACAUCCAGAGGGACACUUUCAUCUACGAGUACGUCGGAGAUGUGGUCAACUCGCCGUCGUUCAAGAAGCGUAUGCGUGACUAUGCGAAGGAGGGCAUCCAGCACUUCUACUUCAUGAUGCUGCAGAAGGAUGAGUUCAUCGACGCGACGAAGAGCGGCGGCAUCGGACGCUUCGCGAACCAUUCCUGCUCCCCCAACUGCUACGUCGCGAAGUGGACGGUCGGCGACCGUGUGCGCAUGGGCAUCUUCGCCAAACGAAACAUCAAGAAGUACGAGGAGCUUACCUUCAACUACAAUGUCGAUCGCUAUGGUCAUCAAGCACAAACGUGCUACUGCGGCGAGCCGAACUGCGUGGGCUACAUCGGCGGGAAAACACAAACGGACGUCGCGGUCAUCGACGAUGUCUACCUCGAGGCGUUGGGCAUAACGGAUGCGGAUGAGCUCAUGGAGCUGAAGGGCUCGAAGAAGAAGAAGGGGAAGAAGAUUGACGAUCCGGACUUCAUGCCCAAGAUGAAGCCUAUCAAGCGGGAGGAGGUGCCGAAGGUCGUGCAGGCGUUGCGGCAAGUACAAAGCGCGAAGGUGUUGUAUAAGAUCCUUCUGCGACUGAAGACAACCGAGGACGCAUCAGCCUUGCGCGAAUUCAUGCGACUUCGUGGCUUUAGUGUUAUGCGCAUGAUACUCGACGAGUUUGCGAAGGACAUGACGAUCGUGGCUAUGGCCCUCGAGUGCAUGACGACUUGGCCGCUGGAGAAGCGGAAUAAGGUCGAGGACUCGAAGAUCACAGAUCCGGUGAAGAAAUACGCGGAGAUGGAGGAUGAGACGGUGAAGAACGUCGCGACGAAGCUACUGGAGACGUGGGACAAGCUCGAGAUCGCGUACCGUAUACCCCGAUUAGCCCGUGAUCCCAGCCAAAAGCGCAAGUCCGACCUCGCUGAGGUCGUCACCCUCCCCCACGAAGACCCCCGCCCAAAGCGUGUGCGGUAUAACAUACCCGAAGACGAAGAGUUUGUCGACUUCAAGGCCACCCUUCGUCCUCCUAUCCAGCAUACCGCACCCCCACCUAGUCCGCCCAAACCUCGCGCCCCCUCCCCGCCGCCCCGAAAAGUCUCCUACCUCAACCUCGCGGACGAGAAGAAGAAGCUCUUGGAGCGCGCUCAGCAGCUCGCGGCGGAGCAGGCGCGGGCGCACGAGGAGCGCGCUAAAGCGGACAGGGAGUCGAAGGAGCGUGCUGAGAGGAAGCAGAGGGAGAAGGAGUCGAGGAGGGCGGCACGGAAAGCAGAGAAGGCGAAAGCAAGGGAAGAGAGGAAGGCGAGGGAGAGGGAGAAGAAGAAGCACCAGACGCCGGAGGAGAAGGAGGCGGGGAAGGAGAAGCGGUUGCUGAAGCUGGUGGGCGAGGUGGUGGUGAAGUCCAUGAGCAAGUACGCGAAGGGCCUGCCAAGGGAUGUGUUCAAGAAGCAGGCGAAGGAGCUCACGCACAUCAUUGCGGAGAAGGAGAAGAAGUCGUCGAGCUUCAAGGAGGGCAAGCUGGACGCACUUUCGGAGGAGAAGGUGUACAAGAUGAAGAAGUUCUCGCGCGACUACAUCGCCAAGGUCAUGCGCAAGUAUCAGGAGAAGGAGAAGGGGAAGGCCUCACGACGGCCUGCUGGGGACGACGCAGCCUCGGCAUCAGCAACACCCGGCGCGUCAACGUCUGGCACGCCUGGUGCAUCGACGUCGUCGGCUGCGCUGGAUACGCCGGAUAUGGAGAUGACGGUGGAGGAGGCAAUGGACAUGGAACCCGAUGCGGAUGAUAAAGACGAGAAGGACGAGUCGGAUUCAGAAUCGGAGUCGGACAGCGAGGAUGAGGAGAAGGAUGGAGAAGCGGAAGCGGGAAAGCCGAACGCGGAGGGUGACGCGACGCCGGACGUGAGCGGCAACGGCAGGUCAGGCGACGGCAUCCCCGACGAUGGGAAGGGCGGGCGAAUGGACGUUGACGAGGAGCCAAAAUCCGCUAUGGACGUGGACGGCAGCGAACGAUCAGCGAUGCCCGACGCCGCACCCCCGGACGUCGUGAUGAAGGACGGGACGAGCGAUGGGCUGUCGAUACCCUCACCGAUAGGAGGCUCGAGCACGACGCAGGAUCCGCGGCUGCGUUCUCGGUCUGUGACCGCUAGUGCAUGAUGAACCUGCACUUUCGCCUAUGUCACCUCAAGGGACUUAUUUCGUCCUACUUUAUUCGCUUUGCUUUCGAUGCUGUCGCACAAGAUACAGUUAUGCAACAUUCAAUGCGAGCUUGUCACAAGUA